UGCAACAUCACUACUGCAGGAUGAAGCAUCCAGAAACAACAUCAUCGUCGUCCAUGUGUAUGUGUCACAGCCUCGGCAGGGCAAAAGUGCCCCAAACGGGACAAGGUGGGGUGGACAGAAGCAGCGACACAUGCAAUAGAAGUGAACGUGAUUCUGGCUUCUCUCCUGCGACUCCCCGCCCUUUCAUACUUAAACUUGUCCUGUUGUCCUCUUUCGCUCUUCUAUUGAGCAUCUCAUCCUCUUCUAAACUCUCAUCUCUAAAUCUUCUCUUCUUAUCAAGUUUAUCUACUGUCCAUCAUGGCUGCCCCCGCAGACGUCACCAUCAAGAACCUCAACGGAGAAUGGGUUAUGAACAAAACCAUCUCCACGCCGCCUGAUGCAAUCCUGACUUUGCAAGGUAUGGGCUGGGUGACCCGGAAAGCUCUCUCAUAUGCAACCGUCACCAUGAAAAUCAACCAGUACGCCAACCCCGAAAACAACAAGGUUGUCAACAUCGACAUCGACCAGGUGGUCACGGGUGGUAUCAAAGGAACAUCCGAGAAGCGCAUCACCGACCGGGAAAAACGGGAGCACUCGGAUCACAUCUUUGGUACCGUCCAGGGCCAGUCGCGGUUGCUCCGUGGCUCCAAGGGCGAGGACGGCAAGGUCCGACCUGACAUCGAACUCAACACCAAGAUCGACGAUGAGAAGGUUAGGAAAUUCUUGCGAGGUGAGGUCCUUCCUGAUGGAUCUGCAUCCGAGGGAUAUGUCGUUGAGGAGCUGGGUGAGGAGCAUGGCGAAGGCGAGGGCCUCUGGCUGCAGAGCUUCGUGCAGAACACGGAUUCUGGAUACGGCUGGACCGCAGAACAGAUCUGGGGCUUUGAAGUCAUCGACGGAAAACGUUACUACGUCCGCCGAGUUGCGGUUGCUAAGGAUGGCAAAUAUGAACUGGGACGGUUGGUGUAUGAAUUCAUCAAGGCAUAGAGACCUCACUCGGUCACCACGCUUUGUCUCUUGAAACUGGCGAUGCUCUUAAAAGCUUCCAGUAUUUUCCUUUUUAUUUAUAUGAUUGUAAAAAGCGACAAAUUGAUAGAAAGCAUCGAAUUGACAUUUUCCCAUGUUGGAUAUAAAUAAAUAGACCUAUGCAAACAUCCCAGGAUGGAAUACAACGUGUAUACAAAAGUUUCAAAAGCUUCAAAGGCUUCAAAGACAAGAUGAACA